GACCCCCACCCCGUUCGCCCGCAGGUCUCCGCUCCGAGAACCGGAAGUGGCGUGUGGAACGGACUCGGCGCCGAGUUGGAGAGGCCUACGGAAGAGGCGGCUGUGGUGAGGGGUGGAUGAAGCCUGAGAGGCCGUCGCGGGAGCCGGACAUUGCCCAUGGAUGAAUUGGUGCAUGAUUUGGCCUCAGCCCUUGAGCAGACUUCUGAACAGAACAAGCUGGAUGAGCUGUGGGAAGAAAUGACUCUUAGCCCAAGGCAGCAGCGACGGCAGCUUCGCAAGAGGCGAGGACGCAAACGGCGUUCAGACCUAACACACCAAGCAGAGCAUGCUUGUUGCUACAGUGGAGCAUCUGAAUCCAGCCUGGAUGAAGUUGUUGAGGACUGCCGGGAAGUGCUGACUGCUAACUUCAGUGACUCAGAUGACAUGGCAGUAGCCAAACGCCAUCCAACGCUCAGUGCAACUCUGAGAAGUAAGCAGCACUCGUGGCAUGAGUCAGACUCAUUCACUGAGAAUGCACCUUGCCGGCCGCUAAGGCGCCGUCGGAAAGUUAAGCGUGUGACUUCAGAGGUGGCUGCUAGCCUCCAGCAAAAACUCAGAGUAUCUGAAUGGAGUUAUGAGAAAGGUUGCAGGUUCAAAUCUGCUAAGAAGCAGCGCUUGUCACGUUGGAAGGAGAAUGCACCUUGGACAUCAUCAAGCCGAGGACUUUGUGAAUCGGCAGAGACCAGAGCCUUCCUCAACAAAGGGGGAAGAAAUGAGAGGAUGGAAUGUGAAGCAGAUGAACAGAAACAAGGCUCUGAUGAAAACAUGUCAGAAUGUGAAACCAGUAGUGUGUGCAGCAGUAGUGACACUGGCCUUUUUACGAACGAUGAAGGUCGCCAAGGUGAUGAUGAACAGAGCGAUUGGUUCCAUGAGGGAGAAUGUGUCUCAGGAUUCACGGUCCCCAACCUCCUGCCCAAGUGGGGAACUGACUGCCAGUCUGACAUGGAACGAAUGGAUUCCAGCCUUGAAAAAAUUUCAGAUCCAACAUUCCUUCUGCCCUCUCGGCCUGCUACGAGAGGGUUUCAUGCCCGCUUGAACCGUCUUCCCAGUGUUCCUACCCGCUGCCUCAGGAAGGGCCGCAGGAGGCUGGUGAGCAAGGAGACCAUCAUGAGUGCUAUGGGCACUGAGAGGAUGAGCCACAUCAUUGGUGAUUCCUGCCAAAAAGAUUUCUGGUUGCCGUCAAUGGGAAUGAGAGAUUGCAACCAGUUCAAUCCACUAUCUCCUCUCUAUUCUUUGGAUGUUCUUGCUGAUGCUUCCCACCGAAGAUGCUCACCAGCACACUGCACAGCCAGGCAGACUAACAUACAUCUCGGACCCCCAUGUUCAAGGGACAUAAAGAGGAAGAGGAAACCUGUAUUGGCAACAGCCUCCCUUUCCAGCCCAACUUCAGCAGCUUUAUCCAUCCACAUAGAUACUUCAGACCCAGGCCCGCCUGUGCCACACUCCCAGAGGCACCAGAACUGACUGAACAGGCAGAAGCCAUUCAUCAGAGACAAGCUACAUCGCUACUACCCCAGGCAGCUUUUUAAGAAAAUGCCACAGGAGAUGGUCCUUGACUGCACUAGAUGGAGGCAGCUCUUCCUUUGUCAACUAGUUGGGCUUUUUAAUAUGUUGGACUUUGGAGUACGUCAGAAUUUUCCUUCUGGCAAUAGCUAUCUCUUCAGUGUUAGCAUGUGACACACAACUCUGUCAGCAUGAUAUGUUUACCCCACUCAUCCUGCAAAUCAUGUUUGUAAAUCUAUAUAAAAAUGCAUAAUCAUUGUUGGGGGUUUCCAUAUUUCCAGUGUUCCUGCUAUUGCUAUGCAAGUAUUUGUCGCACACUCUCAUUUCUAGCCCUAGAAGCUGCUUGGUGGCAUAUGCAAAAUUGUAUUUGGUUAUUGCAGGUGCCUGUCUUUGUUGCAAAGCUCUUCAUUUCUCAGACACAUCUCAGUUGUUAGCAGAGUCCUGUGUUUAAUAGAAGAAAUUCUAUUUGCAGUUCUUUGGGGAAACUGAGCCUGUGUAUUUUGUAAGCAUAAGACCUGAAGAGAAGCCAGCAGUGAUCCCUGAGCUAGAGUGGACGUUAACAGAGGAUAAACAGUUUUAUCUGAACUGGGUGACUUGAAUUUUAUAUUGGGAACAUUUCCAAAAGGUUCGUGUUGGUCAGUAUUUUGAGGUUUGCCCCCGCCCCUUUAAUAUAGCAUUAUUGUUUCAGUUUUUCCUCCUGUAUCACUGGGGUAUCCUAGUAUUGCUUUUAAACUAUGGUUCCUUCCUUGCGAUCCUCUUUCCUGUGUAUCCUACUGCAUGAGCCAGUGGAACCAUAAAUGCAAAAAUGGGACUGUCAUGUCAGGAAGCUUUCCAAUAUAUAACCUUAAAGCGAAUGACAAUGAAAUGGACUCUACCAACAGUAGCUUUUUCUGUUUUGGAAACUAUUAUAAGAAUCAUUUGAGACAGUAACUUGAACUCCAUAAGUUGCUAUGAGAAUAGCCUUUUAGAUGUGUGGUUUCAAAAUAGCCUUUGUGGAUGACAACCACUUGCUCUGUUGUCUUCAAGCUGGGAUGUUUCCUGCAGUAUAAAAAAGGAAUCUCCCUUUUUGGCAGUAUGUCCUCAGAAGCGCAUACUGUGUUUUAUUCUACAUUUCCUGAUUACAGUGUACUCACUAUGGUGUAGGUGUGUUAUAUAGUAGAGAGUGGUGCCUUCUCCCAACAACUCCCUCAUUGCUAUCCUUUACCCAAUAUAUGUGAACGAGGCUGCAAAAUAGUCCCAAUUCCUAGGUGCCAGCAUCAAAAUGAGAAGUCCGGAUAACCAUGUUAUUUUUCUAGCACUAUUUACAUUAGAGCACAUCAUCAUCCUUCUUCGAUUAUUGUCUGGAUCCUCCCUUGUGGGGUUGUUUUCUCAAGAUGUGCCUCGGUGUGUGUGCGCAGAGUCAACUAUUAUAUUUUUGAUUGGAUCCUGUUGGCUUGAACGUAUAAGGAGAGGGUGAUUUAUGCUUGCAGACUUUCUGUAGGCAUUAGGUUGGCCUCUGGAAAUGCUGGUCUAGAUAGGCCUUUGGUCUGAUCCAGCUGGAAUCGGGCUUGCUUCUGUGUGUACAGAACCUCUCAUGAGAAGCAAAUCAGUGUUGUUUCGAUGUAGAUGAAGGGUUAGCAUGUUUCACUUAUUUUUGCCUUACAACUC